AUGCCUGGCUUCGCGCAAGCUACCGACCUCUCCGCAUGGCAAGCCCUGGUUGACCACCACAAUGCGGUGGGUCGCAAUAUCGUCCUGAAGGAAUACUUUGAAAAGGAUCCUCAACGAUUCGAGAAGUUCAAGCGAGUCUUCAAGAACUCUGCAGACAACUCUGAGAUCCUCUUCGACUUCUCCAAGAACUUCCUGACUGAAGAGACUCUUGACCUCCUCGUGAACCUCGCGAAGGAGGCCAAGCUCGAAGAACUGCGAGAUGAGAUGUUUGCUGGCGAGAAGAUCAACUUCACCGAGAAGCGAGCUGUCUACCAUGUUGCUCUUCGAAAUGUCACCAACCAGCCGAUGGCCGUGGACGGGAAGAGCGUUGUCGAGGAGACCAAUUCAGUUUUGGACCACAUGAAGGAGUUCUCUGAGCAAAUCCGCAGCGGUUCGUGGACUGGUUACACCGGAAAGAAACUCACCACCAUCAUCAAUAUUGGUAUUGGUGGCUCAGACCUCGGCCCCGUCAUGGUCUCAGAGGCCCUGAAACCGUAUGGUGACAGGAACAUGAAACUCCACUUCGUUUCCAACAUUGAUGGCACCCACAUCGCCGAAGCUCUCAAGGACUCGGACCCCGAGACCACCCUCUUCCUCAUCGCCUCCAAGACCUUCACGACCGCGGAGACCACUACCAAUGCCAACACGGCCAAGAAAUGGUUUUUGCAAAGUGCAAAGGAGUCAGACAUCGCAAAGCAUUUCGUGGCCCUGUCCACCAAUGCUGAAGAGGUCAGCAAGUUCGGCAUUGAUACCAAGAACAUGUUUGGUUUUGAAAGCUGGGUUGGCGGUAGAUACUCUGUUUGGUCUGCUAUCGGUUUGUCAGUUUGCAUCUACAUUGGCUACGACAACUUCCACCAAUUCCUCGCUGGCGCCCAUGCCAUGGAUCAGCAUUUCAAGACUGCACCUCUGCACCAAAAUAUCCCUGUCAUUGCAGGUCUGCUGAGUGUGUGGUACUCAGACUUCUUCGGCUCCCAAACUCAUCUGGUCGCACCUUUUGACCAGUACAUGCAUCGCUUCCCGGCCUAUUUGCAGCAAUUGACCAUGGAAUCAAACGGCAAGGCGGUCACUCGAAGUGGCGACUAUGUUAAGUACACAACCGGAUCCAUCUUCUUCGGUGAACCAGCCACCAAUGCACAGCACUCUUUCUUCCAGCUUUUGCACCAGGGCACCAAGCUUAUCCCUACUGAUUUCAUCAUUGCCGCGCGCUCCCACAACCCGGUGGAAGGUGGUCUUCAUCAGAGAAUGCUGGCGUCUAACUUCCUCGCCCAGGCCGAGGCAUUGAUGAUUGGCAAGACGCCGGAUCAAGUCAAGGCCGAAGGCGCUCCGGACGACUUGGUAUCGCACAAGACCUUCCUCGGGAACCGACCCACCACCAAUAUCCUUGCUGAGAUGAUCACGCCCGGUACACUUGGCGCGCUGAUUGCUUAUUAUGAGCACAUGGUUUUCACAGAAGGCGCUAUCUGGAAUAUCAAUAGCUUCGACCAGUGGGGUGUUGAGUUGGGCAAGGUCCUGGCAAAGAGGAUUCAAAAGGAACUUGAGACGGAAGGCGCUGGAGCUGACCACGACUCGUCAACGGCUGGUUUGCUUGCUGCUUUCAAGGCUAAGAAUGGUCUGAAAUGA